GGGUCUUUUUGUCUCUAGUGCAGAUUAAACGUCACGUCCGCACUUGAACUUGAAUUUUAUCCCAUUGUACAGAGGCAGCCCCAGCCAUAGAGAGACCGAGAGCUCCCAGAGAACCCGGACUCCGCCAUCUUCACGUUGCAAUCUAUAGCUCCCAGUCCACGCCCGCACCGACCCAGGCGCACUGGGCGAGCCGCCCCGCAGCCCCGCUCCCCUUGGGCCCGCGGCGCCGGGGGAGCGCUGGGGAGCGCACGCGGGGACCCGGCAGCUCCUCCGGCCGGCGCCAGCCUGCCAGGUGACCCGGGAAGGAGCCGCUCCUGGAGUCCCCCCCAGAGCCUCGGAGGGGUCAAGCCUCCGAGAAAGAAACAAACCCAGGCAGCGCGCAGAAAGCCCAGAAAGAACCGACCCGCGGCAGUUUUUCCUGGCUUUGGGGUUUUUGAGGGGGCGGGGUGAAGGGGUAAGAGACAAGUCCCCAAGUUUUCUUUGCUUUUUUUUUUUUUUCGCUUCUUUUAAAAAAUUUGUUUGCAUUUUUCCUCCCCCCUCCCCUUUCCCCUCGGUGGAAGUACGGUUCCACCUACCAGACCCCGAAAGAAAAGUGUCAGAGGCCGGUGCAAACCAGGCGUAAGUUAAGAAGACAUUUAGAAGUCUAAGAGGCUAAGCACUUUGAAGACGUGUAAGAGAUAUUUUUCCUUCAAAAGAAUAUAUUUUUAAAGAAACCAGCCAGUCCGCGGGAAGCAACAGCAGUUUUAUUUAUUUUUGCCUCUCUCUAUUUUGGAUCGAGCGAUCUUUUUUUUCCUUUUUUGCAACAAAACAAAAACAAAAACAAAACAAAAAACAGCAUAGAAGAAAGAGCAAAAUAAAGACGAAGAAGAAGAGGAGGAGGAGGAAGAGAGGGCAAGAGAGGAAGGGGAGAACGCACCAACCCGGGCAGAGGAGGAGGCGCGGCGGCGGCGCGGCGGCUCGGACCCCCUCCCCGGCCCCCAUCAGUGCAGCUCUCCGGGCGAUGCCAGAAUAGAUGCCGGGGCAAUGUCCCGCCGCAAACAGGGCAACCCGCAGCACUUGUCCCAGAGGGAGCUCAUCACCCUUUGGUGCGUGGCCAGGACUCAGGUAGAGGAAUUCAAGUAGGACUCGCAUGAAUGGGGAGGCCAGCAGAGGCUGACCAUGUGGAGGCUGCCAUCCUCGAGGAAGAUGAGGGUCUGGAGAUAGAGGAGCCGAGCAGCCUGGGGCUGAUGGUGGGUGGCCCCGACCCUGACCUGCUAACCUGUGGCCAGUGUCAGAUGAACUUCCCGCUGGGGGACAUCCUGGUUUUCAUAGAGCACAAGAAGAAGCAGUGUGGUGGCCUGGGGACCUGCUACGACAAGGGCCUGGACAAGGGCAGUCCACCGCCCUCCUCCCGCUCUGAGCUUAGGAGAGUGUCCGAGCCGGUGGAGAUCGGGAUCCAGGUCACCCCCGAUGAAGAUGAUCACCUGCUGUCACCCACGAAAGGCAUCUGUCCCAAGCAGGAGAACCUUGCAGGGCCGUGCAGGCCUGCCCAGCUGCCAUCGAUGGCCCCCAUAGCUGCCUCCUCCUCCCACCCUCCCACCUCCGUGAUUACUUCACCUCUGCGCGCCCUGGGCGCUCUCCCGCCCUGCUUCCCGCUGCCCUGCUGUGGCGCACGCCCCAUCUCGGGCGACGGGACUCAGGGUGAGGGUCAGAUGGAGGCUCCCUUUGGAUGCCAGUGUCAGUUGUCAGGUAAAGAUGAGCCUUCCAGCUACAUUUGCACAACAUGCAAGCAGCCCUUCAACAGCGCGUGGUUCCUGCUGCAGCACGCGCAGAACACGCACGGCUUCCGCAUCUACCUGGAACCCGGGCCGGCCAGCAGCUCGCUCACGCCACGGCUCACCAUCCCGCCACCACUGGGCCCGGAGGCCGUGGCGCAGUCCCCACUCAUGAAUUUCCUGGGGGACAGCAACCCCUUCAACCUACUGCGCAUGACGGGCCCCAUCCUGCGGGACCAUCCGGGCUUCGGCGAGGGCCGCCUGCCCGGCACACCGCCGCUCUUCAGCCCGCCCCCGCGCCACCACCUGGACCCGCACCGCCUCAGUGCGGAGGAGAUGGGGCUCGUCGCCCAGCACCCCAGUGCCUUUGACCGAGUCAUGCGCCUGAACCCCAUGGCCAUCGACUCGCCCGCCAUGGACUUUUCUCGGCGGCUCCGCGAGCUGGCGGGCAACUCCUCCACGCCGCCGCCCGUGUCACCGGGCCGCGGCAACCCUAUGCACCGGCUCCUGAACCCCUUCCAGCCCAGCCCCAAGUCCCCGUUCCUCAGCACACCCCCGCUGCCCCCCAUGCCCCCCGGCGGCACGCCCCCGCCGCAGCCCCCAGCCAAGAGCAAGUCCUGCGAGUUCUGCGGCAAGACCUUCAAGUUCCAGAGCAAUCUCAUCGUGCACAGGCGCAGCCACACGGGCGAGAAGCCCUACAAGUGCCAGCUGUGCGACCACGCGUGCUCGCAGGCGAGCAAGCUCAAGCGCCACAUGAAGACGCACAUGCACAAGGCGGGCUCGCUGGCCGGGCGCUCGGACGACGGGCUGUCGGCCGCCAGCUCCCCGGAGCCGGGCACCAGCGAGCUGACCGGCGAGGGUCUCAAGACCACCGACGGCGACUUCCGCCAUCACGAGAGCGACCCGUCGCUGGGCCAGGAGCCCGAGGAGGAGGACGAGGAGGAGGAGGAAGAGGAGGAGGAGCUGCUGCUGGAGAACGAGAGCCGGCCGGAGUCGAGCUUCAGCAUGGACUCAGAGCUGAGCCGCAACCGGGAGAACGGCGGCGGCGUGGCCGGGGUGCCGGGCGCGGGCGUGGGCGCGGCCAAGGCGCUGGCUGACGAGAAGGCGCUGGUGCUGGGCAAGGUGAUGGAGAACGUGGGCCUGGGCGCGCUGCCGCAGUACGGGGAGCUGCUGGCCGACAAGCAGAAGCGCGGCGCCUUCCUGAAGCGGGCGGCCGGAGACGCGGCGGACGACGACGACGCGGGGGGCUGCGGGGACGCGGGCGCGGGGGGCGCGGUGAACGGGCGCGCGGGGGGCUUCGGUCCGGGCAGCGAGCCCUUCCCGGGGCUCUUCCCGCGCAAGCCCGCGCCGCUGCCCAGCCCGGGGCUCAACAGCGCGGCCAAGCGCAUCAAGGUGGAGAAGGACCUGGAGCUGCCCCCCGCCGCGCUCAUCCCGUCCGAGAACGUGUACUCGCAGUGGCUCGUGGGCUACGCGGCGUCGCGGCACUUCAUGAAGGACCCGUUCCUGGGCUUCACGGACGCGCGCCAGUCGCCCUUCGCCACGUCGUCCGAGCACUCGUCCGAGAACGGCAGCCUGCGCUUCUCCACGCCUCCCGGGGACCUGCUGGACGGCGGGCUGUCGGGGCGCAGCGGCACGGCCAGCGGGGGGAGCACGCCGCACCUGGGGGGGCCAGGCCCGGGGAGACCCAGCUCCAAGGAGGGCCGGCGCAGCGACACGUGCGAGUACUGCGGCAAGGUGUUCAAGAACUGCAGCAACCUGACGGUGCACCGGAGGAGCCACACCGGAGAGCGGCCUUACAAGUGCGAGCUGUGCAACUACGCGUGCGCGCAGAGCAGCAAGCUCACGCGCCACAUGAAGACGCACGGGCAGAUCGGCAAGGAGGUGUACCGCUGCGACAUCUGCCAGAUGCCCUUCAGCGUCUACAGCACCCUGGAGAAACACAUGAAAAAGUGGCAUGGCGAACACUUGCUGACUAACGACGUCAAAAUCGAGCAGGCGGAGAGGAGCUAAGCGUGCGCACUACGCGCGCUCCGGGGCACCGCGUGCACCUGUACAUUGCGAUCCUUGCCAACCGCGCGAACGAGGACCGGACUCGUCUCCGCACCUCUGCCACUUAGCGCCCUGGGCAUCCCGCCCCCACCCCCGGGGCGAGGGCGGGUGGAGCCCAGGGGGAGGCAGCACUGCGACCUAACCUGUGUCUGCGAAGUCCUAUGGAAACCUGAGGGUUGAUUAAGGCAGUAAAAAAAAAAAAAAAAAAAAAAAAAA